AUGCCCAGAAGUAGGAGAAGCACAGGCAAGAGCCCUGCACCUGUUGUGAAGGAGGAAGCUCCCACCACUCGGAAGACAAGAGGGUCUAGCGCCCCAGCUGUAGAAACACCCUCACCCAAAAAGUCCAGGAAAAGGAGCCCCAGUCCUUCACCUGCCCCAAGGGGUAGGAGCAGAGGAAGAGGAGCAAAGGAUACAAAACAAGAGAAGGGACAAGGUGAUGAUGAAGAGAUGCCAAGUCCAAAGAAGGGGCGAGUCACUCGAGCUGUUGUGCAACAGGAGGAGGCACCAUCUCGUGGGAGGGCAGGUAGUCGCAAAGCUGCAGAACAAAAAAAACCUGCCCCUUCACCAACUCAGAAAAGUCGUUCUAGCUCUCGUCAAAAAACUGCUCCUACACCAACCAAGACAGAGCAACCAAAGGCAGAAACUUCAAGGUCACGUAGUAGGUCUAAGGCAGCAAAACCUGAACCCAAAACACCAGAGCCCAAACCAGCCAAGUCUAAAAGCCAACCCAAGAGCCAAACCAAAAAAACACCAGCUAAAAAAGCAACGCCUGUAACUGUAGCCAAACCUAAUUCUUCACCAAAGUCUACUGGUACAAGAAGCAGUAGCAGGGGCAAGAAGGAGGAAAAGGCAAGUGACAUGCCAUCUGCACAAAUUAUUCUCACCAAGAUUGAUAGUCCUAGCAAAUCUAACAAUACAAAGUUAAAAGAAGUAACAUCACCCUCUGCAAGUAGAGGUCGUUCAUCUGCAAAAUCCUCACCUCAAAAGGCCAGUCCAAAAGCAUCUAGAAGAUCAAAAUCCACUGAGAAAUCUACUCCUCCAGCUCGACGUGGUAGAAAGUCUGCUGAGGCAGAAGAGAAAGUUGAAGAUGCUGAAAAAGAUGAAGGCAAAGAAGUCAUUACAGAAAAUGAAAAAGUAGAGACGACCAAGGAUGAAGAAACUGUAGAAGAAUCAGCUGUGUCUGAGGAGGCAACUAAAGAUGAAGGUAUGGAUACAGAAGAUGAUACAGCAGAAGUAGAGGAUAAGGUAGAGGAGAAAGAAAGCAAUGAUGUAAAUGAAAAAGAAAAUGAAAUUGAGAAGGAAAAUGAAGUAGAAGAAGAGGAGGAAGAAAUGAAGGAUGAGGAAAUGAAGGAUGAAGAAGUAAAGGACAAAGAGUCGAAAGAAGAAGUUAAAGAUGAAAUGGAGGGAGAAACUGAAGUAAAUAAAGAAGAAAACGAAGUGAAAAAUGAAGAAAAUGAAUCUUGCACUAAACCAGAGGAAAGUGUUGAGGAAGAAAUGGAAAAGGAGGAAGUGGAUAAGAAGGAGCCUUGUGAACCAGAAAAGGAGGAACCUUCAGUAGAAACCAUACCACCUUCGGGACCUUCACCAGUAAAACAGUCAGCAUCUCCAGCAACGCAAGAAUCUAAACCACCUGAAAUUGAAGCAAUAUCUGAUGAUGAAGAUGCGAUAGAAGAGCAAAAGGAUGAACCAAUGGAAGAAGGUGGUGGUGAAGAACAGAAAGAAGAACAAGCAGAAGUUACACCAGCUGCUGAAGAAUCAGAGGCAGCUAAAGUGGAGGCACCCCAGGAAGUUUCAGAACCUGCAACAACGGACAGAGAGCAGCAAAACGGAUCCUCAGAUGAUCCGCUUUCUUCUCCAACCCGCAAACGCAAGUGGGGUGAACUGGAUGACAAAGAAGAGGACCUAUCACCUAAAAAGGUGCGUCGGUCUAUUGAUAUGGCUGAUGUCACAAGUGAAGGAGUAGUAACGACAAAUGGGGAAGAUCAGGUUUCAAAUCAAGAAGCAGAAGAGGAAUCAAUGGAAACAAAUGUAGACCAGAAGGCCCUGGAAUCACAAGUAGUACAAACUUCCACAGACACAGGAAAUCAAGAUAUUGUACAGGAUUAUGUUGUCGUGAAUAUGGAUGAAAUACCAGCAGCUAAUAGCACAGAAGUCUUACAGUGCUUACCUACAGCGAAAGAGGAGGCAACCACUGUUACAACAGCAGAACAAAGUCAGUCAGAAGUUCCUGCAGCAGAAGUGGUUUCAGAUAUUAAUCAGGAUCAAACAACAGCAUCAUCUCCAGUGUCGGAGGUCAAUCCAGUGCUGUCCAGGAAAUUUAUUCCUAAUCCAGCUUAUCAGUCAGGGGACACUAACAAACAAUUCUCGGUGGUUAGUUACAACAUUUUAGCUCAGUGUCACUUAGAGAGAAAUGACUAUACAUUUACAGAGUCUCAGUAUUUAACAGAAAGUUAUCGUCAUCAAAACCUUGUGAAAGAAAUAGAAUACCUUGGUGCAGAUUUAGUGUGUAUGCAGGAAGUGGGACCUCUAUACUUUGAGUCCUUACUCAAACCAGCAAUGUCAAAAUUGGGGUAUGAGGGUGUUAUGAAGAAGAGAACACAGGAAUACUUCAAUGAAGGAGAAGCCACGUUUUACAAGACAAGCAGAUUUUCUGUCAUAGAGUCUCAGACAUACUCCUUAGCAGAUUUAGCAGAAAAGGAAUUAGAAGAUGGUGGCGUAAGUGAGGAUGUUAAAGUGUCCAUCAGGAAAUACCUGGACCUGCCUGACGUUCUGGUGCUGACAAAGCUACGUUGUAAAGUCACUGACAAUGUACUGUGUGUCGGUAACAUUCAUGUCCAGUGGGGCAAGAUGGAAAUCCCCGAUGCUCAGUGUAUACAGAUUGUAUGUGCCAUAAAAGAAUUAGCAAAGCAGGGUGGAAGUGAUUGUCAUGCCCAGAUCCUGUGUGGAGAUUUCAAUUCAGAAGUGACUAGUCCUGGGUACAAACUAGCCAUGGAGGGUUAUAUCACUGAUGAAGUUCUCAGGCAGCUACAGGCACUAGAGAAUCUAGAGAUGCCCGACUCAAAUAAGGCAGCACUUGUAAACCAUCUUUGGAGAGCAUUCCAACACACAUCAAACCUUAAGAGUGCUUACCAGUCGGCACAGGGACAAGAACCUGUGGUGACUUCCUACAACAGGGUGAUGCUGGCAGCAGUUGACUAUAUCUUCUAUUGUGGCGGCAGUCUGCACAAUGUUGGGGUAUUAGAGACAGCCCAUGAGGACAGCAUCAAAGCAACAGGCGGUAUCCCUGACCAACAUUUCCCAUCAGAUCAUGUCUCCAUAAAAGCAGUCUUCGCAUUCUCAUAAUCACCACAUCAGAUGCUCUGAACUCAUUUCAUCUUAUCCAUUGACCACGACAAGGAAUACAAGUGUGGAUACAACUCCUUUAGUUUGGACGUAUUUCACUGAGGCAUGACAGCAUACUCAACUCCAGUAAUGAUGCAUUUACACAUUUCUCAUUCAUUCUCCUUGUCGUCAAACAGAUCUUCCAGCACAGUGUCAAGUUUUGCCGUAUUCCUCAAAACAUCAAGAAGUUUUAUAGCAAAUAGACAUUGUGCAAAAUUGAUAUAUAUAAGUCAGAUCUACUAUCUAAACUAAAACUUGUUUAUGUUUACAUGAAAAUUGAAGAACCAAUGAUUUAUACAUAAUUGUUCUGUAAAAGCUAUUUUAAUCCUUGUUCAAAUUACUA